GAUUGGUUUUUCCGUUAUAUUUUUCCAGAUAAUAAAGACUGAUCAUCCAGUUGAAGGAAUGCCAUAUAGGCACCACAAUGGUUACAGAAAAAAUACUACAUUCCUCGAGGUACAUUCCUAAAGCUGAGCUCAUUGCUUAUUGUAAAAGAAUACAUUUGUGCAAAAGAAAUAGUUAUGGUCCUCAGCGCUUUCGAUGUGCUGAAUGGAAAUCCGUCAAGAAAAUAAUACAUCUAAUUGCUCGUGACAUUUGCGAAGCAGAUGCUAAUCAUCAGUAUACCAGUGACAGUGACGGUUCCCAUCCAAUGUUAAAUAAACGAACCAUUGACCGAGGAAGGUCAAGUGCUUUACCCUUUGUUUUGCAUAAAUGUGUUGUGUUGAAUUGGUGUUGGUACUGACAUCCAGUUCUUUUUGAAAAAAAGUCUAGCAACUAGAUUAACGUUUCUGCAUUAUUUCUUCAUAUUCAUUGUUUCGGUGUCAUGGCAGAUAAUUUUGCAAGAAACAGCUUUCCCCGGCAGGUAUCAUCAGAUCAGGCAAGUCAAGAGCGAUCUGAAAUCGCGUUUUCAAAUGAGGCGUCGUUUUCCGCAAUAUCCGCGGAAAAUGGUUAUAACUUUAGCACUGGACAUCAUGUGAUUAGAAAUGGUAUUCUUAAUGGUGACAGACAGCUUGAAUCAGCAUACACACAAUCUGUAGGAACAACGACAGUACCUCAAAGAUCGGUUAGACCCGCAAGAUAUCCUGACUAUAUAGACUACAGUCAAAGGCUGCAAACAUACACAAGAUGGAAGCGUCCACAUCCCGGUCCAGUAUGCCUUUGUGAAGCAGGCUUCUUCUUCACAGAUCAAGGUGACCUGGUGCGCUGUUUCCAGUGUGGUAUUGGUCUCAAAGAUUUCUCACAAGGGGAUGAUCCGAUACAAGAACAUGUACGAUAUUCGGGAGAAUGUCAGUACCUUCUUGAACAUCUCGGAGCUGCAAGAUUGUCUACUAUAAAGAACCAGCAGGCAGAAAGUAAUGGACAAGCACGUUACCCGCAACAUCCAGGGCCAAGCGUACAGUGCCGACAUCCUGAGUAUCAGACAUUUGAGGCUCGUGUUUCAUCAUUUACAGGCUGGCCGAAUUAUUUACGUCAGACACCAGCAGAGUUUGCUGACGCUGGACUGUAUUAUACUGGCUUAGAAGAUCACGUGCGCUGUUUCAUGUGUGAUGGCGAACUUCGACGUUGGGACCCGGAUGAUGUUCCAUGGAGGGAACAUAUUCGCUGGUUUCCGGCAUGUGAAUAUGCCAGGGAGAAGAAAGGGAAUGAAUUUAUAGCGCCCGUUCAAGCUUCGGAUCAAUAUAACUCAGAGGGACCGGAAAACGAGGAAUUUCCUGGUCGUCGAAGUCUGCCUUAUGCAUCUGGACAAAUAAAUCUGAGAGAUCCAGUAAUAAAAGCUGUUCUAGAGGAACAUAAGAACACCUGUCUAGAGAUGGGAUAUCAACUGAUAGAUUUUAACGAAGCUGUAGAAGAUCUGCGAAACAUGGGUUCUGUCAAACCAACUAUAGAGGAGAUAAUUGAAAUGGUGGAAAUUAUAAAGGAGAAGAAACAUCGCCAGGAAAGAGCUUCUGAGUUAGAACGACGUCAUCAUGAAACUCUCAUGGAAGAAAAUAUGCGUCUUAAAAGUUUGAUAAUCUGCAUGACGUGUGGACGGAACGCCGUUAACACUUUGUUCAUUCCGUGUACACACCAUCGUAUGUGCAUGGAGUGCGCGGAACCGCUGACACAGUGUCCAGUAUGCCAGAGACAUAUCAGACAGAAGAUUAGAACUUACCUAGCAUAGAUAAAACCUUUAUUUACCAAAUACGUUGGUCUUUGAUGCGUUUUUUAAAUGAAUCACUAUUUCUGUGUAAAAUAAUGUACCUGAAUGAUAAUCGCUGGCUUAUCGAUGGAAUUGUCUCCCUUGAAAAUACGCUUGAAAAAUCGGCGUUAUCGAUUUCUCGAUCCGAUUGAUUUUGCUACUAUAGAGAUAUAUAGGAAAUGAUUUUUUUAAUUGUAGUAACUUUUUUAUUUAUAAUGCCACAUAAUUUAUCCACAUAUCAGCAGAAACUUUAAUCUUUCAUUAUUAUAAUGAUGUAAAAAGUUUUGUGAUUUAAUAGCAUCUUAAUGCUUCCCUACUCGUUAUAAAAUUGAUACUAUCACUCCCUAUUCUCACAAUACAAAACAGAAGGAAAAGAGUCAUGUUUCAUAAAUGACCAUUUUUCAAAUAGAAAUUUCGUACUUUUAUAAUUUUAGUAUAAACAUUAUCCACAUAUGUGCACAAACUACAAAGUAUGAAGGUUUUAAUGAUGUUUAUAAAAUGAAAUGUAUCAUGAUCUUAAUGCUUCCCUGAUCAAUUUAAAUCGGUCAUAUUUAGUAAAAAACCCUUUUCUGGCCACUCUGUGUGGUGUGUGAAACGCGACCUAUUACAUAUAUAAUUUUACUGAUGGUCGAUUGCAAUAUGAAUGUUAAUGUUUCUUUUAUUUUCAUCGAAAACUUUUUAUUUUUCAAUGAAUUAUUUAAUUUCUUUAUUUUUUGCUAUGUGUAAUCGUUAAAGGGACAAGUACAGGUGAAACCAAUAUACCGAUUUAUUAGCCCACCAUCAUCAGAUGGUGGGCUAUUCAAAUCACUCUGCGUCCGUCCGUCCUUCCGUCCGUUAAUUAUUUCUCGUUAUCGCAUCUCCUCAGAAACUACUGGGGGAUUUUGACCAAACUUUGUCAGAAUGAUGUAUUUGUAUCCUAGUUGUGUCCCUCUGAAAAUCAGGCUGUUCAACAAUUUUUGAAUGAGUUAUGGCCCUUUGUUUAUUUUCAUUAUUUACAUAGAUUUAUAUAAGGAAAAACUUUGAAAAUCUUCUUUUCCAAAACCACAGAGCCUAGGGCUUUGAUAUUUUGUAUGUGACAUCAUCUAGUGGUCUUCUACUAAGAUUGUUCAAAAUAUUCCCCUAGGGUCAAAUAUGGCCCCGUCCUGGGGGUCAUAUGGUUUACAUAGACUUAUAUAGGGAAAAACUUGUCCAAACCACAAAGCCUAAGGCUUUGAUAUUUGUAAUGUAGCAUCAUCUAGUGGUUCUCUACCAAGCUUGUUCAAAUUAUCCCCCUAGGGUCAAAUAUGGCCCCCGCCCCGGGGAUCACAUGGUUCAUAUAGACUUAUAUAGGGAAAAGCUUAAAAUCUCUUGUCAAUAACCUACAGCAUUCAAAUUUGGACCACAUGUAUAGUUUUGAGUGGCAAGAUGAAUCUUGACACGAGUUGACCUUGAUUUUGACCUAGUGACCCACUUUUACAUUUCUCAAGUUGCAGCCUUCAAAUUUUGACCACAUGCAUAGUUAUGUGCACCGAAAAAAACUUUGACCUUGACGUUGACCUAGUGACCUACUUUCACAUUUUUGAAGGUACAGGCUUCAAAUUUGGACCACAUGCAUAGUUUUGUGUUCCGAAAUGAAAUUUGACCUUGAUUUUGACCUAGUGACCUACUUUCACAUUUUUCAAGCUUUAGCCUUCAGAUUUUGACCACAUGCAUAGUUUUGUGUACUAAAAUGAACUUUGAUCUUGAGAUUGAUCUAGUGACCUACUUUGACAUUUCUCAAGCUUUAGCUUUCAAAUUUGGACCGCAUGCAUGGACCACAUGCACAGUGUUGUGUACCGAAAUGAAAUUUGACCUUGAUUUUGACCUUGAGCUAGUGUUGAAAUUUGGAACAUUCGAAAAUGGCUCAAUGGUGGGCGCCAAGAUCACUCUGCAUACUGUACCAUCCUUUGUAUGCUUGUUGUCAUUAUUUUGACUUUUAACAGCACUUUUAUGGACUUGGAUUUCUCGGUUUUAUAAAUAUUAUCACUACUGUAAUAAUUUAGUCUAGAUUAUCAAUACUUAAAAAAUAAUGUUCUGUGAUAAUUAUGUGAUAUGUAACUGAUACUCAUGUGUAAUGUGAUGGCACUCUCUGUGAUAUUGAAUAUAGAAUAGAUAAUACUAUGAUAAUUAGGUCUUUCUUAAUCUUAAUUUUAAAAACCAGUAUUUUACUUUUUUAACUGAUGCACUUUUGAUACCCGCUGAUCUCUUAUAUUUUAGUUUGUUCGUAUUGAUAUAUGUAUAUAAUGUAUGUCCUGCAUAAUAGUUUUAAAUGCCAGCCAUUUAUUAUGUGCUAUGUUAAGUCGGUUUUAAAAGCUCACUAGAGCUUUUGUUAUUUGUUAUAUUUGCACCGACUUUGUAAAUAAAAUUUAUAAAUU